CUGAAAAUUCUGCUGAAAAACCCGAAAAUCCCAUUGAAAAAAGCUGAAAAUCAUGCUGAGAAACCUCCCUGGGAUCCCAAAAACUCAAAAAUGCUGUUGGGAACCCCCCUGGAUUUUCUGGAAAACAGCAGAAAUGCCCAGGAAAAAAUGGAGGGAUUUCUUCUAAAACAACACAAUUCCCAGGAAAAAUUGUAGGAUUUCCUGGAAAACCGCAGAAUUCCCAGGAAAACUGAGGGAUUUGGAGGAUAAAAACAGAUUUGACUGUAGAACAGCGGCGUUCCCGAGGAUCCAGGAGGAACCCAGCAGAAUUCCCAGGAAUUUCCAGGAAAAUUGUGACUUUUUUUCUGAGGGAAAACAGCAGAAUUCCAAGGAAAAGCGGGACUCGCCCUCACAGGCGCUAAUUAACUCCGACAGCGUUAAUUAACGACUAAUUCGUGCCUAAUUAACCCCUCUAGGGACUCCUUUGUGCCAGCACGGACAUAUUUAUUGCAAUUAACCCAAUCGGGCCGUUUUUAACCCGAUUCGCUCCGUUUGGUUGUGCCUGACCGCGAGGCCAUUAAAACCCAGCGACUGCGCCGCGUGCUGUGCUGCGGGGCUCGGGGGAACAGCGAGGGAGGUUUGUGUGGGGGUGGAGCGGGAGAAGGGCAGCGAGGGAACCGCGCUCCUCCGGGCAGCGCCGCCACGCGAGGCCGAGGCUUCACUAGGCCGCGCUAGGCCGCGCGUUGCUAAGCAACGCGUCGCGCUCUGACGCAACUCCCUGCCCUGGUCGCUCAGCAACGCGUCGCGCUGCUGACGUCACUUCCUCUUUCUUCUUCCUCCUCCCUCCCCGGCGCCGCCAUCAUGGCGGCCGUGUCGGUGUUCCCGUCCCAAAGCGAGCUCGGCGCGGCCCUGGCGCGGUUGGUGGCGGAGGCGGCGGCCGAGGCGGUGGCGAGCAGCGGCCGCUUCACGCUGGGGCUGUCCGGGGGCUCGAUGGUGCCGCUGCUGGCGCGGGAGCUGCCGCCCGCCCUCAGGGCCGUGCCCGGUUCCGAUCCGAGCCGCUGGCUCGUGGCGUUCUGCGAUGAGCGCCUGGUGCCGCCCGAGCACCCCGAGAGCACCGGCGGCGCCUACCGGGCCCAGCUGCUGCCCCAGUUUGAUGCCCCCCCCCAGGUGCUCUGGGUCCGUUCCGAGCUGGGCCCGGCCGAGGCCGCCCGGGACUACGAGGAGCAGCUCAGGAAGGCGUUCCCAGGCCAGGCCCCGCCCCGUUUUGACGCGCUGCUGCUGGGGGUGGGGCCUGACGGUCACACGGCCUCGCUGUUCCCAGGCCACGCCCUGCUCCAGGAGCAGGAUUCCCUCAUUUCCUUCCUGGAGGACUCUCCCAAGCCGCCUCCCCAGCGGGUGACGAUGACGCUGCCGCUGCUCAACGCCGCCCAAUCCCUGCUGCUCGUGGCCACCGGCGCCUCCAAGGCCCCUGUGAUCAAGCGCAUCCUGGAGCAGCAGGAGCAGCCCCCGGUCCCGGCCGCGCGGCUCCGCCCCCGCUCGGGGCGGCUCCGGUGGCUCCUGGACCGCGAGGCGGCGGCGGAGCUGAGCGGGGACCCCGGAAAGGGGCCCUGAAAUGGGGAAAUCCCGGAAUUUCGGGCAAAAACGGCUGUGAAAUGGUGAAAUUCUGUGGGGAAAAUGGGUUUAAAAUGGUGGAAUUCCUGGGAAAAUGGGUUUAAAAUGGGGGAAUUCAUGGGAAAAUGUCCCUAAAAGGGUGGAAUUCCAGGGAAAAAUGGCUUUAAAAUGGAGAAAUUCUGUGGGAAAAUGUCCUUAAAAUGGAGAAAUUCAUGGAAAAAUGUUCUUAA